AUGACACGCCCAGCAUCGGAGGUGGAGCCACCGCCCAUGCUAGGGAGUGUAUCGACGUUGGAGCCGGAGCAGGUCCUCUCCGAUGACGAGGCGAUGAUGCAUUCCGCAGUGACGCUGGGCGAUCAAGACGAUGCCGCUGUCGCUCGUCCACGUCAUGGCGCCUUGCUUCAACCGGAAGCCGACGAUUGGGAGCUCCUGGAGAGCGCGUACAUGACACAUUGGAGCAACAAGCGACACAAAACCAAUGGAGACCCGAUCGUACGACGUACAGCCGACUUGCCAGACUGGCGCAUGCGAGAACGGCUGCGCACGGUGACCGCCGCGCUUGUCAUGUGCCUGAAUAUUGGCGUCGACCCCCCGGACGUGAGCAAGACGAACCCAUGCUCGAAGCUAAUCUGCUGGAUGGAUCCCGAGUCGCUCGAUGCGUCCAAAGCGUUGCCAGCCAUCGGCCGCAACUUGCAGGUCCAGUUCGAGACACUGAGUAUGAAAACGCGGUACAAGCAGUACCUUGAUCCGAUUGUUGAAGAAACGAAGCGAUUUUGUACCAACUUGCGACGCACAGCGAAGGAUGAACGUGUCCUCUUCUACUACAAUGGCUACGGCGUGCCCAAACCCACGCCAGGUGGCGAGAUCUGGGUGUUUAACAAGGCCUACACACAGUACAUCCCCUUGACACUGUACGAUCUACAGACAUGGCUCGGCAAUCCAUGUAUUUACGUAUGGGAUACCAGUGCCUCGGGGCAUAUCGUGAACAACUUCCGACGUCUUGCAGAGGCGCGUGCCGAGGAUGAAGUCAAGCAGGCCCUUGCCGAGGGUCGUGAGCCGCCGCCGAUGCCCAAUGCCGAUGGCAUUAUGACCGACGCAGCGGGCGAGCAGCAUUUCCCGCUUCGCGAAUCCAUCCAUCUCGCGGCGUGUGGCGCCGAUGAAGUGCUUCCGAUGAACCCGGACUUGCCCGCGGACUUGUUUACGUGCUGCCUGACGUCGCCUAUUGAGAUUUCGUUGCGGUGGUUUGUGCUGCAGAACCCCCUGCCGAAUCAGCUCAAUGUUGAUAUGGUCAUGAACAUCCCUGGACGUUUGCAAGAUCGUAGGACGCCCCUUGGUGAGCUCAACUGGAUUUUGACGGCGGUCACCGAUACCAUUGCGUGGACGGUGCUUCCACGUGCCCUCUUCCGCCGCUUUUUCCGUGAUGAUUUGAUGGUCGCGGCUCUGCUGCGCAACUAUCUGUUGGCCGAGCGGAUUAUGCGCUUCUACCACUGCACGCCCGUGAGCCAUCCUCGGCUGCCUGCGACGCACAAUCACCCACUGUGGGAUAGCUGGGAUUUGGCGGUGGAUCAGUGCCUUGCGCAGCUCCCGACAUUGCUGGCGAAGGAGCAGGCGCGUGUCGAGGCCGAGAAUGGUGGUCCGCCGAUGCCCCCGCAUCUCGCUGCGUUUGAGUACAAGCACUCCACGUUCUUUAGCGAGCAGCUGAAAGCGUUUGAAGUGUGGCUCUCGCAGGGCGAUGUCAGUCGACGACCACCACGCCGUCGUGUGCGGCGCCAUCCCGUGGUUCGGGUGGGUGGUGAGAUGCUGGGCAUCACGCCUUUUACAAGUACCGCGCCGCACAAUGUGCACGCCCACGAAGGCACAGCCUCUUCGGCGCAUCGGCAGGGGAGUAUCGAUGCUGCCCCUGGCGCCGACGGCGAUGAGGAGGACGAGGCUGCACUCUUGCAUGAUCCGCCGCAGCAGUUGCCGAUCGUGCUGCAAGUGUUGCUGUCACAAGUGCAUCGGUUGCGAGCCUUGAUCUUGCUAAGUCAGUUCCUUGAUUUGGGGCCCUGGGCCGUCAAUUUGGCGCUGAGUAUCGGCAUUUUCCCCUAUGUUCUCAAACUAUUGCAGUCGCCUGCCGUGGACCUCAAGCCAGUGCUCAUCUAUAUCUGGGCGCGCAUUCUCGCUGUGGAUCACAGCUGCCAGGUGGAUUUGCUGCGUGACAAUGGGUACAUGUACUUUGCCUCGGUCUUGAGUCCGGUCUUGAGUCCGUUCCAAAGUGGAGGCGGCGUGGGCAGUGGAUCGCAAUGGGCGUCCACCUCGUCGCAGUCGCUGCCGAUUCCCAAUGUCAGUGAGCACCGCGCGAUGUGUGCAUUCAUUUUGGCCGUGUUCUGCCAGGACUUUCCGAUGGGCCAAGACGCCUGUCUGGAAACGGACAUUAUGGACGCGUGCUUAGAGCACUUGGAGGACGACGACUUCCUGCUGCGCCAAUGGUCGGCCUUGUGCCUUGCGCAGCUGUGGAACAACAGUGACCUCGGCAAGGCACGUGCGAUUGCGAAGGAUGCGCAUGGCAAGCUGUGCUGCCUGUUAAGCGAUGCCUCGCCGGAAGUGCGUGCGGCUAUGCUCUAUGCACUUGGCGUGCUGCUGGGCGCCAGUGGAUCCGCGUACGAAGUUAUCGAAGGCGCAGGGGAACGACGCAAAGACCAGCCACGGCAUACGCCGCGGGGCCAGUGUGUCGGUACUGGCAGCAUGACGGACUUGCCGCCGGCACGGCAGCGCAACGUGGAAAUCGGGAUUGCCGUCGCGAUCCUGGCAUCGGCUGGGGAUUGCAGUCCGCUUGUGCGCAAGGAGCUGGUCAUUGCGCUUUCCGCUUUGGUCCACCACUACCAUGGCUUCUUUAUGUUGGCCGCCUACCUGCACAACGCGCGGGAACGCGCAGCGACUCGCCUAGCCACGCCGACGCUCUCACGGAUGAGCGCGGAUGUCGAGUCGCGUGUGGAGUACGAAGAGCAGCUGCUUUCCAGUGUGGUGCGGCGUGUGCUGGAACGUGACGAGUGCUUGGACCCAAGCGACGUGGCGAACAUUCCUGCGUUCGUCACGCUGUUUGUCGCGUUGCUGGAUUUGUCGGUGGAUCCCCACCCAGAAGUGGAGUCGAUGGCAUCCACAGUGGUCGAUCGCAUUCUUGCCGGGCUGCUCGAGCAAGGUGUACUGCAUGCUGACGGCUCUGUGUUCUGCCAUGUAUCGCUGGAGCAGCUGGAGCAGCAGCAGACGGUUCCUACAGCCCUCGCGACGCAUGUGGAACGCACACCACCAAGCACGCCGCCGGAGCCGGGUAUGCGUGAAUCCGCGCUGGCUCGAACGAUGCGAGCGCUCAGUGCGCUGACCACCACGCCGCCCCCACCGCCGCCGUCGAAGCUGUCCAGUGCGACGGCGCUCACGGCGGUACCUCGCCUGGGUGAGGAUACCACGAGCAGUGGCUACGAAGCGCCAUACACCCAAGGCCCACGUGAAGGCGCACGCAGUGCGACGGUCGACUCGCUCGCUGCGUAUGCGCCUUCUCGUCCACGCCACGGCGUGCGGAUUGAGGACGUGCUGGCCGAUGCGCUUGCCGCGGAUCUGCAACAUCUACGCCUGCGUGGCCGUGACGAUGGCACGCCGCCAGGCUGGUACGGGCGUCUGCGUGAGACGCUUCCGCUGCAAAGUCGACUGUUUGCGUGGUGCAGUGAAUACUAUACCGAGCCGCAAAUGAAGUCUGCCGAGGCCGAUGAGCCAGGGAGUCAGCAGUUUAAUCGCCAUGCAUGGCGACGCAAGCGAUGUGAGCGCCAUAUUGCCGAGGCCAUGGAGACGGCUGGCGAUGCAGGGACGACGCGGUGGUCCAAGCGGAUCGGCUCGUUGGCGAUGCCGUCCGCUCCUUCUAUGGUCCUGUUCCACGAGUAUGAUCCGUACAUGGUGAGUGCAAGCAAUGGCGAUCGAAUCGCUGUAUGGGACUGGGAAGAGCAACGGAUGGUCAGCUCGUUCAGCAACGGGAAUACGCAUGGCACAGACAUCACGUCGAUGACGUUCAUCAACGAAGAGGUGGAUACCCUACUGCUGGUUGGAUCGGCGGAUGCGCAUGUGCGCUUGUACCGCCAGUACGAGCACGCGCCAGGCACACGGCAUGGUGUCGAGCUGGUCAGUGCGUUCCGUGCGUUGCCCGAUCUGCUGCGCAGUCGCUACCCCAGUGGCCUGCGGGUGGCAUGGCAGCAAGUGAGUGGUCGGUUGCUGGCGGGCGGUGAUUGCCGUCUGAUCCGUUUGUGGGAUGCCCACCGCGAAUUGUGCAUUGCUGACGUGCCGACGCACGUGAACAGCUGCGUGACCUCGAUCACGAGCGAUACCGACAUUGGCCAUUUGUUCAUGGCCGGCUUUGGCGACGGGUCGAUUGGCGUGUACGACCAGCGCAACCCCCCUGCCUCGAGCCUCGUGCGCCUCUGGGAGGAGCAUGUCGCUUGGGUCGAGCAUGUCCACCUGCAAAAGCAUGGGCAGCGUGAGCUGGCCUCGGCCAGCGUCGAUGGCGAAAUCCGGUUGUGGGAUAUUCGUGCCCGUUCGUCCAUUGUACAAAAGCGGCUGCCGACCGAUGGCACCGCGCUCUCUGCAAUGGCUGUGCAUGACCGCAUGCCCGUGCUGGCCGCGACGAGUGCGCCCCACAGCUUACACAGCACACUGUCUCAUACCACAUGGCUCUGCCGCCUGCAAGACCUCAGUCCACUGGGCUCGCCCUAUGUGCACACACAUCAUCAUACCACGUCGCUAGCCUCGUCUGCCUUGCGUCCCAUUCGUGACCGCGACCCCUUGCCUUCGCGCUACUCGCCCAGCACGAGCGUCGUGGCGUUCCAUCCUCAUUACCCUGUCAUGGCCUUUGGCGGCCCUGAUCACAUUAUUGAUUUGUACCGCUACUAA